AUGCAGGCGCGCGCCAUCUUCGAAGCAGCCGCUGAGGUGGGCCGAAGCUCCAAGAAGCUCCCAGUCGCUGAAGUCAUGGUGCCUUUGGCGGCGACCACCGAAGAGCUCAAACUGCUGAAAGGCAUCAUUGAGAAGACUGCGGAUGCAGUGAAGAAGGAGCAAGGCAUCACCUUUACUUACAAGGUUGGCACCAUGAUUGAGCUUCCUCGUGCUGCCUUGCAGGCGGGCAAGUUGGCGGAAAUGGCGGAGUUCUUCAGCUUCGGCAUCAACGACUUGACUCAGACCACCUAUGGAUUGAGCCGUGAUGAUGCAGGAUCUUUCUUGCCAGAGUACAAGGCCAAGGGCAUCGUGGAGCAGGAUCCCUUUGUCGAUCCAGAUGGUGUUGGUGAGCUCAUCACCAUGGCAGUCCAGCGGGGUCGCAGCACCAGGCCAGACAUGAAGAUGGGCAUUUGCGGCGAACAUGGUGGCGAUCCAGCCUCCAUUGAGAUCUGCGAACGCAUCGGCCUGGAUUACGUGAGCUGCUCGCCUUUCCGAGUGCCUGUCGCACGACUGGCUGCUGCUCAGUCCGCUCUGAAGACUCAGGGUGAGAAGGCCAAACAGAGCUCCACCAAGGCAACUAAGCCCCGAGUACAGAACUUUGGGCCCUGGUGA